AUGUGGUACAACUCUAUACUGACUGUCCCCAAAAAACUUCGUGGUUUCCGAGUUGGCCUGGCCUUCGAGUUUGAAACUCAUACCUUAGCAUUUGUGACGUUAGACAACGUCUUCCAGCCCAACUGGGCAGUCUCUUGCGACAAGCUACCGCCCACUCCAUCAGAUGUCUAUGCUGACUUUCAUGGAUUUCUCCGUGGAGUGAGCACUUUUGUUGAGGGCAUUAUGGGCUCACGCAAAGCUGGUCUGGCUGCUGAUGGCAUGCGCACUGCGCCGAGCAGGGUGUUCUUUGGCAUGGGGGUUUACACACUUUGCGAGGUAUUUUUUAUGGCAGGAAUUCCCAUCCAUAUUUCGAUACAAGACUUUUGCCAAAGUCCGUCUCGAGUGGCCCGACUCUGUCUGGCACUAUGGGAAUAUACAAGAAAGUCCCAUGAUAAUCUGUGGUCGGAUAUUUUGAAGCCUGCAUUGGUGGAUAACAUCUUGGCACCCACCAGAAGGCAGAGGGAGCAAUAUGGCGACUGGCUGAUGGUGUAUGGGAAGACAAGGACUCUUGUACCCCGUCGCAUGGCAGAGUUGAUCGUCAAGCAUGAAGCAAAUGAUGUAAAUGGGGAGGGUGAUAUCUUCGAGCCUGGAUAUCUCAAUAUUGCCCUUCAGGAGCACCCCUAUCUGGGGUAUCUUGUUUUUGGAGAGAGUGCAUGGACUCGCCUCGGCGGGUCCGUGGGUGGGGGUGAUCCCUUGUCUUCUCUUUUCAAUAAGCACAAUAUGCUUGACGCAAAAUCCCAUAUCAACCCAGAGUACUACAGCAGCAUUGUCCCGUACGACUUCAUGGACAAGACUCGGCCACGAAAGCAGACCUACUUGUACUAUCAAGCACAUAAGACUGGCGGGAAGCAGCUCUGGACGAUAGCCAAGAUUCCUUCCUCUCAUGCGGAGUCCUUCGAUCUCAUUACUGGGGUGGAACGAAAGACCCGUCUCUUUUCUGAGAUUGUCAAGAAGUCUGCAAGUGUUGCUAUUGGGCCUUUAGAGUACUGCGGAAAUGGUCGCAUCAUAAUGACAACACAUCAGAAGAAGAGAGUAUUCGUUGUACAAGGUGACCCCUCGCUAUCGAACACCGAUUUCAAGAGAUACAUCCGAGGUAUCUAUCGGAUUAAGAACCACUUGGAUGAACCAGGCCAACCAAAAAAGGGAAUGUCCAAGGAGCACCAGACGGAUCUCAAUAAAUGGAUUACUUCCUUGGAAGUUGUUCGCCGCCAUGCACUCUCUGGCUCGGGAUGCGACAUGGAGGAGACUGAGGAUGGUUUCAAUGGCUCAGAUGAAGCCGCCAAUGAUGACGAUGAUCAGCAGAUGGUAGUAGGGCCUUCCUCCGACAAUACCCUUGUUGGCGAUGAAGAUGAUCAACCACCGAGAAAGAAGCAGAGGCUCAGUACGGAUGCUCGGCUAUCGUUGACCUUUGGAAAGCAGAAUAUCAUUCCUCCACUCUUUGGCAUACGGGUGACUAGACGUAGCAAGAAGCCUUAG